AUGUCUGGUAUUGCUGCAGGACGCUUAGCUGAGGAACGAAAAGCUUGGCGAAAAAAUCAUCCCUUCGGAUUCAUUGCUAAACCAUCUUCCAAUCCCGAUGGUACGCGAAAUUUAUUUAAUUGGGAAUGUGCCAUUCCUGGAAAGAAAGGAACCAUUUGGGAAGGGGGACUUUUUAAAUUGCGGAUGCAUUUUAAGGACGAUUACCCUUCAACGCCUCCAAAAUGCAAAUUUGAUCCACCUUUGUUUCAUCCAAAUGUUUACCCAUCAGGGACAGUAUGCUUAUCACUACUUGAUGAAAAUAAAGAUUGGAAACCGUCAGUAACAAUAAGGCAACUGUUGAUUGGUAUACAAGAUUUGCUGUCAAAUCCAAACAUUGAUGAUCCGGCACAAGCAGACGCAUAUCAGAUUUACUGUCAGAACAGGUGA